UUCCAUUGUACACUCCCCCCCCCACCAAAGACCUUACAUUUCGCUAGACGGUGUCGUGCUUAAUGACUAUUUGGAAUGCUAUUCCAAUGGUAGUGCGUCCUCAACGUGUACCGCUUUUAAACAAAGGCGGAAAAUUCAGAGGGUUAUUGUACAUCCAAACUUCGGCAAAAACAAUUCGACAGACAAUAUUGCGCUGAUCGAGCUGCUGAGCCCAGCACACACUAGCCACCCGAACGUGCUGCCUAUCUGCAUGCCCGUAAUGCCCGAGCUAAGAACGCAAGCAAAGACCAAUUUACGCGUGGCAGCCGCCGAAAUGCACGGUGCUGUAGCAAAAAACGUUCCCGUCCGGUAUCUGGAGCCCGACGAGUGCACGAAAGUGUACGCGGAAAAGCAAAUUGUGCUGAAUCUGGACCUGCACAAGCGACUGUGUGCCGUAGUAGAGAGCUGGGAGGACGAAGAAGCUUGCAAGCCACUGGUGGCAGGUGCACCGCUCCAAGAAACGAAGCUGUUCGGUGGUAAGGAGCAAUACUUUCUGCGUGGAUUUGAGCUGGCUGGGCUGGCUUGCCGUUCAUCUGCGCCAGCAAUUUUCCACAGUAUCGAACCAUACCUGGACUGGAUACUGUACAACAUGAUGAGGUACAACGUGGUAGAAGAGACGGAUGUACCAGAUGCUGAGAUAACUCCACCGACACUCGAGUCGGAGUGGAACAAGUUGCAGCAACAGCCGGUAAGUGAUAAUUUGCAGCUGUUCAAUUUGGAUACAUGUGGCCUAUUCAGCCUCGAAAGCAACAGCCAGACAGGCAAAGAGGCAACUUUCGCACCGUGGAUCGUAUCCUUUGAGAAGGUACACAAAAGAACAGCUAACGUUAAUGAAAUAAUCAGCAGCACGGCCGUGCUUAUCAGUGAAUGGUACGCCUUGGCGGCCAAAACCAGUGUGCAGAAAAAUGUUGUUUCGCGAUAUCUCAUCCUGGGAGUAGGCUCACAUUUCGACACGUUCUUCGCGGAUAUCAAGAACAUAAUCCUUCCGCCGCCCGAUCAUCCUAGGCAGCUGUUUGCACUGAUCGAGCUGCUCGAGCCAGCUGAUCUGACGAUUCCGCACAUCAAACCGAUCUGUUUGCCCUUCUUGAGCGGACUGCAUCGCAACAAACCCGCGGAGGUGAUUUUGUCGACAAGGUUGAUAAACUCAUUCAAAAAGCUAAAGCUGACCGACUACCAACGUUGCCUGCGACGACUGCUGUACAUCGAUCAGCCGAUCACCUUCGACACCGAGCCUUCGUGUGCGGUAGAGGAUUUAGAAAAUUUUUACCAACCGUCAUUGGCUUCCGAAACGGGUAGUCCGUUCCAGGCCGCGGUAUGGUACGAAGAACGGCCGCGCUACUUUCUGUACGGUAUGCAUGUCAAUGAGUCAUCCAUUUUCUCAACCCUGCACCACGGCCCAUACCUAUUUCACAAGAUCGAGCAGGCAGAUGUUGCAUGGAUAAUGGAGAACGUACGAAACAAUGAACGUCAAUCUUCGUUUCCCAGCAAGGUACGCAAUGAAAGGGUGAAUUUUAACCCAGUUCAGCGCAAUGCAUCCAGGCGCGCUCUGCUUAAGGUUAAUGAAAGUUGCGGCGUAUCAACGAACAGAUAUCCAACGCCUUGGAUCGUAGCAUUAGUAAACAAACCAUCUUUCAGUUUCCCACUCGGAUAUGUGACCCUCAUAAGUGACCGGUUCGUUGUUGGUCCAGUAUACGGUUGUGAUGGUGAUUCUAGUGCAGUUUGUACUCUCUUUGUAAGAUUCGAUGGCCUUCCUGAGCCAUUCAUUGCAAUCGACAAGGUCUUUGUUCAUCCACGGUACGAUGCAGCCAACCAUGCUAACGACAUUGCAUUAGCUCGGCUUGUCGCCGCUGUGGAUACCUCUUUACCGAACGUGCAGCCCAUCUGUUUGCCGAUCGGCAACACAACUCGCAGCUAUGAUCUAUCAAGCCUAUCAAUGGACUAUUAUGAUUCUUCGUUGUGGGGCUACAGCGUAGUCAAUGCUGGUGAUAGGUACAUCGAUCAUACAGAUUGCCAACAACGGUGGGAAGGAUUGAAGGUUCAACUCACCGUAGACAGGACGAAUCAUUGCGUGACUCGCAAACGAACGAUAGAAGAAGAUGCACUAAUCGAUAUACGUAUUGGAUUCGCGCUUCACUCACGACAAAGUAUAGCAUUGAGUGAAAGAGAGUAUCUGCGCGGUUUUGCGGUGUUUAAAGCUAUACAUGCAAAAAGUUACUAUCCCGAUGUUUACAUCAACACAGAUGCCUAUCUGGAUUGGAUAUUGGACACUAUGGAGCAACGGCCAGCGCUUCCUUUCGAUCUACGAGAGAAGCUUAUAUUCAGCGAUAAGUAAAUAUACUUUGUUAUCAUAAGACGCACAACCACGUUCGAACGUAUGGAAUAAAAAUUCUUUUUUUUGUAAUCACCUUCUUCUCAUCUCUUAUCUUCUUCUAUAUAUAUUUUUACCCCAAUUGUAAAAAACGUUUAGUUUGGUUGAUGAUGGUGAUGAUUCGGCUUCAAUACGGCACACGAGCAUGAUACAGCAUGUCCAAUAGGACGUAAAUUCCAUACGGUACGGCAGCGGUACUUCAUACGGUACGGCAUUCAGCAACCCUGACGCGUCAUUUGCUCUCCUCGUAUUUGCAUCUUUUAUCAGCGGUAAUCAACACGCGCAUAUGAGCCAUGCCAUCGGAUAUUACUAUGUGCUAUGCUGCUCUACUCGCCUGCGCGCUAAUAGCCGGAUUAGGCAGCAGACACUCUAGCGUCCACGGCCUGUUCAAAAUUCACGAAGUAGAACCGAAGUCAUACAAAAAUCGUAUAAAGGCCGAAUCCCGAGGUCUCGAGUUCCCAAGACAAUUUGCUUUCUAAUCCUUCUCUAGCUUAGAAUUUCUCAUACUACUGGCACCCGGCAUUUCGGAAAGGCCUACAUUCGUGUACACCGCUUAAGGCCUACACUGGUGUUAAUCCGACAUUGUGCGCCCGCGUAGUUUAUCCCAUAUAUUGAUACAUAUAAGCCGGUCUCGUAGUACAGUCGUCAACUCGUACGACUUAACAACAUGCCCGUCAUGGGUUCAAGCC